GCGUUCACCAUAGAGCCCAGCGACCAGAUUGCUGUGCAGGAACAGCCAUUGGUCUUGGAUUGCCAAGUGGAAGGGAUUCAACCCAUUAGCAUCACGUGGCGGAAGAACGGGAUGUUGGUGGCGGUGGGCGUGGACCCCGUGACACUGGCCAAUGGCUCCCUCUACUUCUCCCACUUCCAGAACCGGAAGGAGGAUGGCUUUUCCGACGAAGGAGAAUAUGGCUGCGUGGCUCGGAAUCGCUUCGGUCUGUUGGUGAGCAGGAAAGCUCGGAUUCAGGCAGCAACGAUGUCUGACUUCCACGUACACCCCCAGAGUGCAGUGGUGGAAGAAGGAGGCGUUGCCCGCUUUCAGUGCCAGAUCCAUGGCCUGCCUGAACCCAUGAUCAUGUGGCAGAAGAAUCAUCUCCCUAUCAGCACAGAUAAUGACAGGUACACACUGCUUCCCAAGGGGGUUUUGCAAAUCACGGGACUGCGAGCCGAGGAUGCUGGGAUCUUCCACUGCGUCGCCAGCAACAUUGCGAAUGUGAAAUUUAGCAGAGGAGCCAGGCUCACCGUAUCAGGCUCUCCUUCUGCUGUUUACAAAGACCCUAUGAUCCUUGUGGGACCUGAGAACUUGACUCUGACGGUGCACCAGACUGCCAUCUUGGAAUGCGUUGCAACUGGGAAUCCCAGGCCUAUCGUCUCCUGGAGUCGACUUGACGGGCGCCCAAUUGGUGUAGAAGGAAUUCAGGUUCUUGGAACUGGCAAUCUGAUGAUUUCGGACCUCACCGUCCAGCACUCUGGGAUAUAUGUGUGUGCAGCCAAUAAGCCCGGCACAAGGGUGAGGAGGACAGCCCAAGGAAGACUCGUGGUGCAAGCUCCCGCAGAAUUCGUCCAGCAUCCUCAGUCGAUUGCCAGGCCUGUGGGGACCACGGCCAUCUUUACCUGCUUGGCCCAAGGAGAGCCUUCCCCACAAAUCACAUGGUUGAAGAAUGGGCAGAUUUUGGAGUCGAGCAAGCACGUUAAGCUGAAGAACAACAAUAGUAAUGUAGCAGACCCCAUGGAAAUGGAAUAUCAAGAGGCCGUCAGUAAGAGCACCUUCCAGCAUCUGGUGACAGACCUGGAGCCUUCCACAAGUUACAGUUUCUACAUAAAAGCCUACACCUCUCGUGGGGCCAGUAAGGCCUCUGACGUCGUGCUGGUGAGCACCCUGGGAGAAGUACCAGCGGUGCCUUCCCUCUUCAUUAAAGUCCUCAACAGCACCGCCAUUCAAGUCACAUGGGAACCUUCCAUCAAACUGGGCCAACAUGAAGGGUUCAAACUCUUCUACCGCAAAGUCCAUCUUCCACACUUCACGGGGCCCAUGCUUCUGCCCAGCAACGUCACCUCUUGCAACCUUACUCAUCUUGAUCCAUCCGUAGUGUAUGAAGUCAAACUGCUUGCUUACAACCAACAUGGCGAUGGGAACUCCACCGUCCGUUUUGUGUCCCUUCGAGAAACGGUUGAAAAAACAGACCUCAACCCACCAUGCAACUGCAUGAAGGAUGAGUCAACCAACAAGACCUCAGCUACUGGGAUCAUCAUUGGAAUCCACAUUGGGGUCACCUGCAUCAUCUUCUGUGUCCUUUUCCUCAUGUUUGGCUACAGAGGACGACUGCUGAUGUGCAAAAAUGUGCAGGAGCAACUGUCAACCCCGCAGAUCUCAAGAGGACCGAGAAACAUUCCCGGCCAGGCUCUAAACGGGUCUACUAAAAGGGAAGAUCCAGAUGUCAAUGGGAAACAACUGGAUAUGAAUGAACUGGAGAGGUUGUUUCCAGCUUUGCAUUCCCAACCCAGUCCACACACGAAGGGAAUCGCACUGGAUCACAUUCCAACUCCUUCACCUAUUGAAAUCCAGAUAUCUACUCUUCCCCCAGAGGAAUUUAGCAUCCUUGAGGAAGAGAACAACACCUUGUUUCCAAAUGUACCUUCUGGCCCCCACGACCAGCCUCUACUCACCAUCAGCCCAGAAGAACCAGCUUUGAAGCAAGCUCUGACCAAUGAAGGAUAA